AUGGCCAGCCAACCUCCCCUCACGGGGAUCAAGGUCCUCGAGUUCGCCGGCCUGGCACCAGGCCCCUUUGCCGGCCUCAUGCUCGCCGACGCCGGCGCCUCGGUCCUGCGCAUCGACCGCGCCGCGCCGCAGCCCACGCCGACGGAGGACAUGCUCACGCGGCACAAGGCCUCCAUCGCCGUCGACCUCAAGGACCCCGCGGGGGUCUCGCUCGUGCGCGCCCUCGCGCGCCGCGCCGACGUCCUCAUCGACCCCUUCCGGCCGGGCGUGCUGGAGCGCCUCGGCCUGGGGCCCGACGUGCUCUGCGCCGACAACCCGCGCCUCAUCUACGGCCGCAUGACGGGCUUCCGCCGCGACGGCAAGUACGCCGCCAUGGCGGGCCACGACAUCAACUACCUCGCCGUCUCGGGCGCGCUCUCGCUGCUGGGCCGCGCGGGCCAGAAGCCCACGCCGCCGUACAACAUCCUCGGCGACUUCGCCGGCGGCGGCGCCGUGCUCUUCCAGGGCGUGCUCAUGGCCGUCGUCGCGCGCGCGCGCACGGGCCGCGGCCAGGUCGUCGAGGCCAACAUGGUCGACGGCAGCGCCUACCUCGCCACCUUCCCGCGCUACGCGCUCAAGACGCCGCUGGGCGACCGCCCCCGCGGCGAGAACCUGCUCGACACGGGCUGCCCCUACUACGACACGUACGAGACCUCGGACGGCGGGCACAUGUCCGUCGGCGCCCUGGAGCCGCACUUCUUCGCCGAGCUCGCGCGCGGCCUCGGGCUCGACCGCUCCUGGUCCGCCGCGGGCGGCGCCAAGCGGUCCGACCGCGCGCGCUGGCCCGAGCUGCGCGCGCUCAUCGAGGCCGCCUUCCGCACCCGGACCCGCGCCGAGUGGGAGCGCGUCUUCGACGGCACCGACGCCUGCUGCACGCCCGUCCUCGGCUUCCGCGAGAUGGAGGGGUCCGCGGCCAGGGAGGGCGACCAGCGGCCCGUCGUCACGCUGCGCGACACGCCCUGCCUCGCCGUGCACCAGGGCGCCGCCGACGUCGCGCAGGGCCAGGGCCCCGGCGUGCCCGGGAGCGGGUACGAGGGCGCGUCGCUGAGCCCCGGCGAGGGCGGCGAGGAGCGGCUGCGGGAAUGGGCCGGCUGGGCGAGGGGCCGGGACUACGAGGUGAGCAACAAGGGGGGUCUGGUGCUCCGGGAUCGUUCAAGGUUAUAG